AUGGCCGACAAUCCAUCGAAUUCCAAAUCCAAAGAUGCCAAGUAUGCCCUGGGCACGCAGCGCGGGCCUCUGCCAUUGGAGGGCGACGAUGUUGGGCUCAUUGAGAAGAGCAAGAGCACCUCGCUCGAGGCCGGCAUGGGGACGCGCGCUCAACGGUUCCGCCGCCACUGGGGCAGGUUCUGGUGCUGCUAUGCUCUUGGAGGCGUCAUCUUCCUAGCCAUCUUUCUUCCGAUCUUUUUCCUGGUCAUUCUCCCAGCAAUCGCGCAGCGAGUGGUCGACGGCUCGACCCUUGUGCUCGUCCACGCAGACGUGCUGCAGCCACGACCAGAUUCAAUUAUGCUGCGGAUCGACUCGGCACUCGACCUCCCUCUCAAGAUCCCCGUGCGCAUCGAACCCAUCACUAUGAGUCUGUUCAACCGCGAACGGCCGGCAAACAACACCUGGGCGCACGCCUACCUCCCGGGCGCCAGGAUCUACGGCAACACCACCCUGGCGACAAACAGCACCUUCACCCCGCUGAAUGUGACGGAAUGGACCGAGUACGUGCGCAGCGUUGUCUUCGAGCCCCAUGCCCCGUUGUCGGUCAAAGGCUCAACCACCGCGUAUAUCGGCAAGUUGAAGGCCCGUGUCACCAUGGACAAGGACAUCCACCAGACCACCCUCAACUCCUUCGAAGGCUUCUCUAUUACAGACCCUAAGCUCCUUCUCCCCGCUCUCAACGACGGAACCAACCUCCUCGCCAACGCCACCCUUCCUAAUCCCUCCGCUAUGACUCUAGAAAUCGGAACAACAACUUUAAACCUCUAUAGCAACACCACCCUCCUGGGCAACGUCACCCUCUCAAACCUAACCCUCAAGCCAGGGAACCACUCGACCCCGGUGCGCGGGCACUUCGACCUGCGCAAGCUGCUGGCAAACCUGGGCACCGUGCUGCGCGACCAGCGCGAGGCCAUAAAGAGCGGGUACUUGGAUCUCACGACCGUCGGCACGGACGUCGUAUACGACGGCGUGCGCGUGCCCUACUACACGGACGUGAUGCGGAACCUGACGAUGACAGCCCAGGUGCCGCUCGGGAAGCUCGUCGAGAAUACCCUGCGUGGGGUGCUGGUGCGCAAUGGCACGACUGUUCUGGGAGGGUUGGGGUUGGUUGCUGUGCCUGAGUAUGUAAGGUAG